CUCAGCAAGACUAGGGUGGGGGGUCAGGGUCCCCAUGAGGGGAAGCGAGGGGGGCUCCUCCUCGGAAAUUUGCAGGUGCCCCGAGGAAACCGAGUGAGGGGCUUUGGGUGAGUCCCGGGAGCGUUUCAAGCUCUCCAGGAUUUUGAAUGGGCUCCGUCCUGAGGGGAAGCUAGGAGAGGGUCGGAGUUGGGAUCGGGGCCCCUGAGGAGCCUAUAGGGCCCAGUGGAUAGGUGUCCCCCCCCCGGGUGUGCGCGUGGUGUUUUCCCCCUAGGGGGGUUUAGAAAGCCAUGGCUACCCGGCGUUUAACAGACGCCUUCUUGUUGUUGCGGAACAACGCGAUCCAAAGCCGGCAGCUGCUGGCCGAGCAAGUGAGUAGUUACGGCUCCUCCAGCCCUCUGACUUCACGUAGCAUGGCUGCUGCGGUGAGUCUCCAGCUCGCAGAUGACCGCAUGGCACUGGUGUCGGGGAUCAGUUUAGACCCUGAAGCAGCUAUCUGUGUAACUAAGAGGCUACCUCCAAAAUGGAUUGAUGGAGUGGAAGAAAUCCGGUAUGAGGUCUCCAGGAUAAAACAGAAGAUGAAAGAAUUAGCCAGUCUGCAUGACAAGCAUUUAAACAGGCCAACUCUGGAUGACAGCAGUGAGGAAGAGCACGCAAUAGAAAUAACUACCCAAGAAAUUACACAGUUGUUCCACAGGUGUCAGCGAGCAGUCCAGACGCUACACAGCAAGUCUCGAAGCUGCACAGACCAAGAGCGGCAGCUUCUGAAGAACGUUGUGUCUUCUUUAGCGCAGUCCCUUCAGGACCUGUCUACCAGCUUUAGGCACGGGCAGUCUGACUAUCUCAAACGUAUGAAGAAUCGAGAAGAAAGAUCCAAACAUUUCUUUGACACUUCGGUUCCCCUUAUGGAUGAUGGUGAGGACACAACACUAUACGAUCGGGGCUUUACAGAUGACCAGCUAGUAUUAGUGGAACAAAACACAGUGUUGGUGGAAGAGCGGGAGCGAGAAAUCCGACAAAUUGUACAGUCCAUUUCUGAUCUCAAUGAAAUUUUUAGGGACUUGGGAUCCAUGAUAGUAGAACAGGGUACAGUUCUGGAUAGGAUUGACUACAAUGUUGAACAAUCAUGUGUUAAAACAGAAGAAGGGUUGAAACAGCUACACAAGGCUGAGCAAUACCAAAAGAAGAAUCGGAAGAUGCUUGUCAUUGUCAUUUUGUUUGUAAUAGUAGUUGUCCUUAUCAUUAUUCUCAUUGCUGUCAAAUUUCGCUAGGUAGCACUCCUGUGAUGUUUUCCUUUCCCCGUGUUUGUACGUUUUGGGAGGUGGGGGUGUUGUGCUUUUCCGCCCCCCGCUUUUUUUGUUUGUUUGUUUGUUUCUUACUGAUACAAGUGGUUGAGCCUCUCA